UAAAAGCAAGUAAUUGUUAAAUAUGACAGUCUUUUUCCCUAAAAGAGUUGUAAGACCCCUAAUAAUUACCCAUCUCUAAUAUCUCUAACCUCGCGGUCCGCGUUUUGUUUAUUUACCAUUUUAAUGAUAAUAUGGAUAUUUUAACAAAUGUAAACUUCAACUGCAGGGUGAGCUCGGUUUUAAACAAGGAAGUGAAGCAAUAUGGAAAGCAGUUCAUGUUUGAUGCGAAAGAAGAGACUUCCUGGACCUCCGAUGAAGGAAGACCCCAGUGGAUCACAGUCAGUUUUGAUGAGCCGCAAAACAUUUCAGGAUUUAGCUUUCAGUUUCAAGGAGGAUUCGCUGGUCUGAAAUCGGAACUGAUUAUGUUCUCCGCUGAUGGUGCUGAAAUACAUCAAGAACCCUUCUACCCAGAAGAUAUAAACUCCCCCCAGCUGUUUCAGGUUCAAGAUGCAGCCCGGGAGAAAGCCUGCUCAAAGAUAAAGUUCAUCUUCGAGUCCAGCACAGAUUUCUUUGGCCGAAUCAUUGUUUACAACCUGCAAUUGUUAAGCUAGUCCUAAGUAGUUAUGUACCACACUCUAUGCUUAUCAAAGUGUAUAAAAUUGGACAAUUA